GUUCCACACCACCCUCAUGGGCGAAGUCGUAUCAACACAUGGUGGGUACGGCCUGAAACCCGCCAAAGGCAUGUUUGGUGUCACAACCGUCGCCGACCACAUGAUAGCGUAUGUCGACUUUCGCGGACCUCCCGAAGUCUGGGAACAGUUUUGUAGAAAAGCGCAGAGGCUGUACCAGACGCCCGGGCCUAAUUACUGCGGUACCUUGGCGUCGAUUUACUUGGUAAGAUUGGACGCAGAGUUUGAGUUUGGGGGGUUGAUUUCUACACUGCCUCCCGUUGUGGCCGAGAGUAGUAAGGGUGCGCCCCCGGCGUAUGGUGAGCAUAUGAGAAAUGAGGAGGGUAUCUGAGAAAAACAUCAAAUUAACCGUUGCACGGUGCUGUUUCAAGCAUAGUGUGAGCUACUCCAUCCUCAAUAUACCACCGGGUGCUUCCUGAAGGGACCAGGAAUCAGAGAGCUAAUCAGGUAUUUGCUAAAUGUCGUUUGUAACCUCUG